CAGCAGCUUCGAAAAGCACUCAACAACAACAACAGAGAGAGAGAGGGAGAGAGAGUGAGAGAGAGAGAGAGAGUGAGAUAGACAGAGCGCUCGCUCUUUCAUUGACAAAGUGUAAAGUGCAAAGCUGGCAGCAUCGUCGACGUCAACGUCGUCGUCGCCGUUGAACGCAGCUCAGCGCAGCUCAGGUCUCAGUUUGGCCAGCGCCUUGAAGUCAGUCUUAGUUGCAGCCUGAAGCUAACCGCACGCGUUUAUGAAUUCGCUCAGGUCCGUGAUAUUUAGUGACAAGAUCAAGAGCGAUACUGCGAUAUAAAAUGUGCCGAUAUUAAUAAAUACAGUAACAACAACAACAACAACAAAAGUCUUUUACAUUUGUCAUUGAUAUUAUACGACGCGUGUGUGAAUAUUGCUCGAUACGAUACGAGUUUGUGCCUUAAGUCUUCUGUUGUGCAAGAGUAAUCAUUUGCCAGUGGAUUACAACAAAGAGGAUCAGCACACACAACAGCCUAGCAACAAGUUGUGCAAACAUACGCACAGUUGACGACAUUUAACGACUCUUUCCAACAAAUCCAUACACACAUUAACACACUUACACACACACACACACCCAGUGACAGUUGGACAGGAAACUUAUUCAGAACGCGCACUAAAUGUGGGCAUAAAACGCAAAACGCUACUUGAAUAUUGCAAAAGAUUGGUGGCCGCAACGCACAGCUACGGGUUACGAUUCGAAUUUUCAUUUUUUGUUAUUGGUAAAAGUAAAGGCAGAGUAACUAAUAUUUAAAUAGGUAAACAAAGUCAAAAAUAAAGCUUAAGAUAAUCAAAAUAAACACCCACCGCAGGCGGCGCAACAAAACUGAAAAAAAAACCACACAUCAAAAUGCUGAUAUCAACUGUCUCCACAGACUCCGUUAUGACGGCCACAAACAACGAUGGUGGCACACAACAGAGUCCGGUUGCCGUUUGGAAUGCACCCCCGACGAUUGCACGCAGCACACAGGCGGCCGUAUCAGUGCAACACGCUUUUAAAGUAUAUGGAAAGAAGAAAAACGCCAAUAAGGUGUUGAACAAUUUGAAUAUGACAGUGCCAAAAGGCACAAUCUAUGGCCUGUUGGGUGCCUCCGGUUGCGGUAAAACCACACUGCUCUCGUGCAUUGUGGGUCGUCGUCGUUUGGACUCCGGAGAUAUAUUCGUGCUGGGCGGCAAACCGGGCACACGUGGAUCGGGUGUGCCCGGUAAACGAGUGGGAUAUAUGCCGCAGGAAAUCGCGCUUUAUGGUGAGUUCUCCAUUCAGGAGACGAUGAUGUACUUUGGCUGGAUCUUUGGCAUGGAGACCAAGGAAAUACUAGAGCGCUUGCAGUUUUUACUCAACUUUCUCGAUCUGCCAUCGGAGAAGCGUCUGGUCAAAAAUCUCAGCGGUGGGCAGCAGCGACGUGUUAGUUUCGCUGUUGCACUAAUGCACGAUCCGGAGCUGCUGAUUCUGGAUGAGCCAACGGUGGGCGUGGAUCCGCUUUUGCGUCAGAGCAUUUGGAAUCAUUUGGUGCACAUUACCAAGGCCGGUCAGAAGACAGUAAUCAUAACCACUCAUUACAUUGAAGAGGCGCGACAGGCGCACACGAUUGGCCUGAUGCGCUCUGGCCAUUUACUGGCCGAGGAAUCGCCCAGUAUGCUGCUCUCCAUGUAUAAGUGCAUCAGCCUGGAGGAUGUCUUCCUGAAGCUCUCGCGCAUUCAGAGCGAAAAGGGCGACGUCACUUAUGUGAACUUUAGUAACAACAUCUCAUUGCAUGCCAUGGCCUUUGGCAGCAAGAUGGACAAGCCCAGCUCUAGUCAGGAGGGCGGCGUUGUGGGUCUCAAUUUCCACCAGAGCAAGGAGGUGCUCAUCAAUGAUAGCAAUGGCUCCAUAUACACGUUGAACCAGGAGACGUACAGUCCGCCACCAUCGAAGCGACAUAACAAUCCCAACGAUGAGGAGAGCUGUCAGGAUUGCUUUGCGGAUCUAUGCAAGGUCACCUCAAAGGGCAAAAUACGCGCCCUGCUAACCAAGAAUAUGCUCCGCAUGUGGCGAAACGUUGGCGUUAUGCUCUUCAUUUUUGCGCUGCCAGUGAUGCAGGUUAUACUCUUCUGUUUAGCCAUUGGCCGGGAUCCGCAGGGCCUCAAUUUAGCCAUUGUCAACAACGAAAUGAACAACACGGAUACCUGCUAUUGGGAGGAUGGUUGUCACUUUGCUAACCUAGGUUGUCGCUAUUUAAAUCAUCUGAACACCAGUGUGGUUAAGACAUAUUACACGGACAUUGAGGAUGCAAAGGCGGCAGUGCGACGCGGUGAUGCUUGGGGCGCUGUCUAUAUAACAGAGAACUUUACGGACGCGUUCACGGCACGCGCUGCUUUGGGUCGCGAUUCGGAUGAUGAGACGAUUGAGCAGUCCGAGGUUAAGGUGUGGUUAGACAUGUCUAAUCAACAGAUCGGCGUCAUGCUCAAUCGCGACAUUCAGUUGGCCUAUCGUGACUUUGCCAUGGGUCUGCUCGGCCAGUGCGGCAACAAUCCUAAGCUGGGCGAUGUGCCUAUACAGUUUAGGGAGCCCAUCUAUGGCACCAUGAAUCCAUCCUUUACCGAUUUUGUCGCACCUGGCGUGAUUUUGACCAUUGUCUUUUUCUUGGCUGUGGCAUUGACGUCAUCGGCGCUGAUUAUCGAACGCACUGAGGGCUUGCUGGAUCGGUCAUGGGUUGCUGGCGUCUCGCCAGGUGAAAUUCUUUUCUCGCAUGUGAUCACCCAGUUUGUGGUCAUGUGUGGCCAGACGACGUUGGUGCUUAUCUUCAUGUUGGUUGUCUUUGGUGUGACCAAUAAUGGUGAUCUAUUCUGGGUGAUUGUGCUUACGCUGCUGCAGGGCAUGUGCGGCAUGUGUUUCGGUUUCCUCAUAUCUUCCAUCUGUGAACUGGAACGUAAUGCCAUACAGUUGGCUCUGGGCUCUUUUUAUCCCACAUUGCUGUUAUCAGGCGUUAUUUGGCCUAUUGAGGGAAUGCCUGUUGUGCUGAGAUACAUUUCACUGUGCCUGCCGCUGACACUGGCCACAUCCUCGCUGCGUUCUAUUCUGACGCGUGGUUGGGCGAUAUUCGAGACGGAUGUGUAUAUUGGUUAUGUGAGCACGCUGUCCUGGAUAUUAGGCUUUCUGGUGCUGACGCUUUUGGUGCUGCGCUCCAAGCGCGGCUGAAGCGGAGUUUAAGUUAUAGAUCAACUAACUUUAAAUACGUCAAACUAUUUUAGUUUGCGCCUAGACUUGGUCGCCUUUAGUAGUCAUUCCCACAUCCUAACCUUCCGUUUUACAUCCUUUCCCCUCUUUAAAUAAGUAUGCUAUGAUUAUCCCGGUCUAUACUAUCUUCUUUUUCUUUUACUUCUACUAAUAAGCCCAAAAUGUCAUAAAAUAUUUAAGCACACACGCAAUUUCUUUUUCUUGUAUACACUCGAUUCUGCAAACUUUUCCUUAAUUUAAGUUUUGCACAUUUUCGUAGCGUAAAAUGUAAGGUUUAGGUAUAUAAAUAAAAUGUUGUAAAUAUUUAGAAAUGCAACUUUAUCAGAAAUCAUACGAAGGAAGUCAAAUAACCAACGACGCAAAGCAAUUUUAUGAUAUUUACACAAUUCUGUUUCAGAAUCGUUUUUCUUUAACAAUCAAUCAAAACAGAAAAAAACAAAAAAAAAAAAUGAAAAAAAAUCAAACGGGCUAAAAGCACACAACUAAUUUAAUAUAUUUUCAAUGGACUGUGAUUGUACUUUUUUUUUGUUUUGAUAUUGCACUCAAAUUCAAGUUUGGAGGAAUAGACGUAAAAAGAAACAUGCAAAUAAAAAACAAAAAACAAUGGUGGGUUUGUUAUUAAGAUUAAGUAGCUUAAGGCAUUUUUGUAUGGGUUUAAGUUUUUUGAGUUAAAACGUAAUUAAAUACACUUAUGUCAACUA